AUGUCUUUCUCCAAGGUUCCCCCCACGGUUGUCAUCGAUUCUGUCUGGACCUCUUGCAAGUCCGUCCCGAUUCCAUCGACCGACAUCCUCACAUAUACCUUUGGCAAUCUCAGUCGAUAUGACGACGAUACCCCGAUCUUCAUCGAUGCGAACCAUCCGACCCAUAGGAUUCUCGCCAAACAAGCCCUCCGGACGGUUCGUCAACUGAUCAAGGGCCUGAAGGCGCUCGGCUUGAAGGAGGGGGAUUGUGUAUGCCUGCACGCCUUCAACAACAUCUGGUAUCCCUUGAUCUGGCUGGGAAUCAUCGGUUCCGGGGGUCGUGUGGUCGGAUCCAAUCCCAGAUACACCAAGUCCGAACUGGUUCAUCUGCUGGAUCUGACCAAGCCAAAGUUCGUCUUCGCUCAGAUGGACUGCAUGGAUCCAAUCGUUGAAGCUGCUGCCGCCGCCCAACCCAAGAUUGACCCCUCCAACAUCUUCAGCAUUGAUCCUACCGAGGACUAUGCCCGUGUUGCUGCCACGAUCGAGGCCAGCUGGCGUACAUUGCUGCUCAGAGAUGAAACCGAUUCGCCUCCUCCCACAAAUGACGGCAAAUUCGACCAAGAGAGUAUUGCAGUGUACUCACUGACCAGUGGUACGACUGGCCUCCCAAAGACUGCCUUGAUCUCACAUCGAUCCGUUGUUGCCCAGACUGCGCUGCUUGAGGAUCAGUUUGGCGCCACACCAUAUCAACCAUCACAGCUUAUCUGCCUGCCUGUCUUUCAUGCGUUUGCAUCGCCCCUUGCGCUGGUGUUACCACUCCGACUGGGCAUUCCCACAUUCUUCCUGCCCAAAUGGUCUCUUUCGGAGUGUUUGCGAGCGCUUGAAACGCACGCCAUAACCGAUGUUCCAAUAUGUCCGCCAAUUGUCAGUGCUUUGACCCAGCUUCCAGUUUCAGAACACCCCCGACUCAAGAGCCUCCGACAUGUCAUGUCUGCCGGAGCCGCUUUGCCUGCAACGGUACAAAACAAAUUAUACCAUGUGUUGGCCCCCGAGGCACUGGUAACCCAAGUUUGGGGUACCACAGAGGCAGGAUGGCACAGUUUCGGUGACCUGCAAGAGAGAGAUUAUUCGGGAAGUGUUGGCCGGUUGCUGCCAGGUGUUCAUCUGAAGCUGAUUUCGGAGGACGGGUCUGUAGUCACAGAUGAGGGCAAGCCAGGCGAGGCGUUCAUAAAGACCCCAAUGCUAUUCUCUGGAUACCUGAAGAACAGUGAAGCGAACGCGGAUGCUUUCGACCCCGAUGGCUUUUACCGGACCGGCGAUCAGCUGUAUGUGCAGGACGGCAAGCUGUACUACACCGACAGGAUCAAGGAAACCAUGAAAGUUCAUGGCUGGCAAGUAUCACCGACAGAGCUGGAGAGCGUUCUGGUCCAGCACCCUGGGAUUGCGGAUGCGGCUGUAGUCGGCGUCGCUCGAAGCAACUUGCUCGGCAUACCCGAAACGUUUCCCACUGCCUAUGUGGUGCGCAGCGCCCUCAAAAGUGGCUCCCCACUGACAGCGCAGGAGGUGAAGGAUUUCAUCGCCGCGAGGCUGAUCUCAUACAAGCGCAUCACGGGCGACGUUAACUUCAUCGAACAGAUCCCUCGAUCCGCGGCUGGAAAGAUUCUCCGCCGGAAUCUACUCCAUGGCGCACGAUCUGAAUGA